AUGUCUAACCAAGAAGUUUUAGUUUUAAGAGGUACCUUAGAAGGUCACAACGGAUGGGUCACUUCCCUUGCCACCACCCCAGCUCACCCAGACUUAUUAUUGUCCGGUUCAAGAGAUAAGACUUUAAUCAGAUGGAAGUUAACUGGAGGUGAAGACAACCAAUACGGUGUCCCAAAGAAGUCCUUCAAGGGUCACUCUCACAUUAUCCAAGAUGUUACCAUUUCUGCUGAUGGUGCUUACGCUUUAUCUGCUUCUUGGGAUAAGACUUUAAGAUUAUGGGACUUAGAAUCCGGUGAAUCAACCAAGAGAUUUGUUGGCCACACUGGUGAUGUCUUAUCUGUCUCUAUUGCCAAGAACUUGAGACAAAUUGUCUCUGCUUCUAGAGAUAAGACCGUCAAGGUUUGGAACACCAUUGGUGAAUGUAUGCAAACUUUAACCGGUCACUCCGAUUGGGUUUCUGCUGUUAGAUUCUCCCCAUCUGAAGAAACUUCCACCGUCAUCUCCGCUUCAUGGGAUAAGACUGUCAAGUCUUGGGACUUAAACGACUACAACGUCAACGCUGACUUCAUCGGUCACACCGGUUACGUUUCAUGUAUCACUAUCUCUCCAGAUGGAUCCCUUUGUGCUUCCGCUGGUAAGGACGGUGUUAUCAUCUUAUGGGACUUAAACUCAAACAGAACCUUAUACACUUUAGCUGCUUCUUCCGAAGUCCAUGCUUUAGCUUUCUCUCCAAACAGAUACUGGUUAGCUGCUGCCACCGCUUCCGGAAUCAAGAUCUUCAACUUAGAAGAAAGAACCUUGUUAGACGAAUUAAAGCCAGAAUUCGCCAUCGGUUCUAAGGCUAAGGACCCAGAAGCUAUCUCUUUAGCUUGGUCUGCUGACGGUCAAAACUUAUUUGCUGGUUACACUGAUAACGUUAUCAGAGUCUGGCAAGUUAUGACCUCAUCUGCUUAA